CCACUCACUGAGCUAUAUUUAAGAAUAAGGAAUUCGUAAUCUCUUUGUGAUUCAUCAAAGCCUUCUUAAUAGUUAACAAUCAUUUUUUCUCCAAAGAAUUUCAUCGAAAGAUGAGUUACUUUAGGAGAGCUUGGUUGGCCGGCAGCGUUGCCGUCUUAAACAGCCACUCCGAUCAGGGAUUGAACAAACUGAAAUUCCCCGCCCAAAGGGGUCUCCAGAACAACAAGAAACGGUUUUUUGCCGGCAUCCUCGCAGGCAUGCUGGGCUCCGAUGUGGAAGGUGGAUGUUACGUCAGAAGAAGUGGAGAUGAUCAGAGGAACACUAAACGAACCGACGAGUCUCUCCGGCAAGUUAUGUACUUGAACUGCUGGGGCCCGAGCUAAGAAAUCCCUCCGGCUAAAGUUGGUCGCUAAGUCUUAAGUGUUUUGUCUUGCCGGCGGCGAAAAUUUCCCGGCAAGGGAGAGACAACAGUCGGGUGAACAUACUGCCGGAGUACUGCGCUUGGUGUAUCGAAGGAAGGUGAGAGCGACGGUUGACUCGGCGGUGACAAAGAUCGGAAAGGAUGAUUCCGAUGAAAGGUUAGACGGAAACUAAGCACUGUCUAGAUGUAGAUGUAAAUGUACAUAUUUUGAACAAUUAAAUGAAUGAGAAAAUGUCUUUGAUCCUAAC